GAGGUAUUUCUCGCCACACCAGCCCAACCUCCAUAUUGGACUUGGGGCCUUGCACACGGCACUCAGGUGAAUGUUGGGUUUUGUAUCACAGUUAGUUGGUGGAGAGGAGAGGAGACGAGAAGGUGAGCUUGCCGUCAACACCUGCUACCAUCACCACCACCACUACACCACCUCCACCACCACCAGUAUAGUCACACCUGCCCGCCCGUACAACUCCCUGUCCAAGCUCCCCGUAUAUGCGAGGUCCAAUGGCGGUGUUAGUGCCGUGGUUUGUGAUUCUCAUGGUCGCGUGUAAGGCCUGCCAGUCCUGCCCCGCGCCUAACGCAACCGAUGACCAGCUCCUCACAAACGACCCCCAUCUGCGUCACCUAUUCGCCCGCUACGCCGAUCAUGGUCGUAACACAGUGGCGAAUGGGGUCGUCAUCACACCAGAGGGCAUGGCCAGGCUAGUACGACACCUCCAGAGACGAACAGGCCACGACCAUGAGCACGAGGCGGGGGAUGAACAUGUCACGCACGACCACCGCCCCCACGACCACACAUGCCACUAUUCUCACGGCGGGCAAGACGGGGGGCAUUCUGGAGACGACCCUGCGGCCUCCAGUGACCCAGCCACCCCCGACGACCACCAUCAUGACGACCACCACCCCGACGACGACCACAGCACACCCAAGGACGACUCCAACGACCACCACCAACGGGGACGACGACUAGCCCCCCUCAGGAAGCGUAGCGUCUCCACCCCCUCCCCCGCCCUCGCCCGCCCCCCCACGACCCCUCGCCCCAGAAGUAACCACCUCCAUGACGACCACCACGACGACCAUGACCAUGAAGCAGCGACUGGAGGCCACGACAAACACACGCACGCACAUGGUGAUGAAAACAACCUCUCUAAAUCAACAACAACAAGGACAACAACAUCUGCAGAGGAUCAAGCAAAGUGCAAGGAACUAAGGGAAAAACUACUCCCCGCGAAUCCUUCCUCCUCAACCCCCGUCAAGGACUCCAUCACGGCAAGGGGCUUCCUCACGCUCUGCCCCGAACUUGUGGCCUACCUCGACCGCUGCCCCGACCCGGGAGACGCGGCGCACAGCCAUGAGGACCACGAGGGACACGACCACACCGGGCACUUACACGACCACGCCCACGACCAUUCUCGCGACCAUGACCAAGCCCACCCCAGCCACGCCGAUCGGGACUUCAGUACAGAGAGCUGGGUUGGUGCGGUGACGAGCAUGGUGGUGAUUGGUCUUGCUAGCCUGGCCUGCAUCAUGCUCAUCCCAGCCCUGAAGCGCGGCCUGUACUACGAGCAGGUCAGCCAGUUUCUCAUCGCCUUGGCCGUGGGCACCCUCGCUGGGGACGCCCUCGUUCACCUACUGCCCCAUGCCAUAUCUAUGAAGUUGCCAGAGGGGAGCAAUGCCCACGUCCUCCACUCCCUGUACGGCUUCACGGCGCUGGGAGGCAUCAUAAUGUUCCUCUUCCUGGAGCGUUUCCACAACAUGUUCUGUGGCCAUGGACACAGCCACAGCCACAGUCAUGAGCUGGCCGGCGACAUGACCAAGAGCAAGAGCCUCUUUCUGCAGGAGGAGAUGGACAAGGAGACAGUAGGCACCACCACCACCAUCGAGGACGCAGGCAGUCAGAGCAUAGACAGGAUAGGUGAGAAACUCUCCAAACAUUCCAAGCAUAAUUCUUUCAUAUAUGCAGAGAGUGUCCUAACCAUGGACGCACAAAACUGCUUUGAGGGCUGCAGCUCAAGCCCAAGCAGCGACGCAAAUGGGAACACCGGCAAUGGGCUGGAGCGAGGGCGGUUCACGGACGAGGAUCUGGCGUCGCCGCACGAGGAGACGGAAGUGUCGGUCGGCAGCUUGGAGAAGCCGGCUGAGAAGAAGCUUGCCUCCCACGCCACCGAGAGGGAGAGGCUUGUCACCACCCCUGCGGAGAAGUCGGAAAUGGGCGGGGAACUCUCUCUGAUCCUGGACACGGCCCCCGCCUCGGUGCGCCCCAAGGUGAUCCGGCAGAACAGCAGCAGCUUCAACAUGGUGCUGCAGGAGUACCACGUUGGGCAUCACGGACACUCCCACCACGGCCACUCCCAUGUCACAGGUCGGAAGGACUCCCUGCGUGCCAUGAUCCUGGUUGGGGACGCCCUGCACACAUUCUUGGACGGCAUGGCUAUCGGCGCGGCCUUUGGCACAAGCAUCACGGGCGGGGUGGCCACCUCCAUCGCUGUGCUGUGCCAUGAGCUGCCACACAAAGUCGGGGACUUUGCCUUGCUGUUUGAGAUGGGGAUGGGUCUGGUGCAGGCCCUCAAGAUGAUGCUGAUGCUGUGGUUCUUCAGCCUGCUGGGGGUGGUGAUGGGUGUGCUGCUGGGCUCCAUCCCCACCGCCUCACCCUGGAUAUACUCCUUCACCGCCGGCGUCUUCAUCUACCUGGCUCUGGUGGACUUGCUGUCCGAGCUCUCAGUGAACCGCGGCGGCAACUCUGGCGGCGUGGCAAGCCAGAUGUUCCUGCAGGGCCUGGGCAUGUUCACCGGCGCCAUCAUCAUGCUCUUCAUCGCCAUCUACGAACACGACAUCGAGGACCUCAUCAACGGAUCUUUCUGAGAGACCAGCGUGAAGAAGGAACACACUCGUUGCCAAGCCAGAAAAGUCGUUGGCAUAUCCAAGAUCUCAGACUGAAUGCUCUUCGUGUGGGACCAUGAUUAUUGUGUGUUGUUUGUGCCCCUUCUCUGGCGUGUCAGUGGUGUUAGGUCUUGUGUUGUGGGUUUGUGGGUUCAUCCUCUGGUGGGCAGGUGGGUGGAGGGAGUUUUCAAGGAGUGAUGUUGUCAGGUUUUGGGGCUUGAUUGGGAGGUUUAGGAAUGGUUAAAAUGGUGUUCUGGAGAUGUUUUUGUGUGUUUGUGUGUUAUUGAGAGGGAAGGGUAGAGGAAUAAGCUAUCUUUGCACCACAGUGAAAGAAGAAAACCGAUUGGAAACAUGAGAGAGAGAGAGAAACAUAAGAGGGCAACAGUAACUACCCAUGUUGGUUUGUCUCAUUGGGGGAGGAAGGGGUAGAGGAAUAACGUAUCUUUGUACCACAUUGAAAGAGAAAAGCCAAUUGGAAACAUGAGAGAGAGAAAGAUGGCAACAGUAACUACCCAUGUUGGUUUGUGUCAUUGAGGGAGGAAGGCAUAGAGGGAUAGUCUAGUUCUGCACCACAAUGAGAGAGGAAAGAUGAGAAGUAGCAAGAGAGAGAGAGGAAAAGAGGUUUGUGUCACUGAUGGGGGUGUAGGAAGCUAGGUUAUUUUUUCACCACAUUGAAAGAGGAAAGUUGAUCGUAAGCAAAAGAGAGAGAGAGAGUGAGGGAGACGAAAAACGAGAAAUAACAAACUACCCAUGUUGGUCUGUGUCACCGAUGGGGGUGUAGGAAGCUAGGUUAUUUUUGCACCAAGAUGAAAGAGGAAAGUUGAUCAGAAGCAAAAAAGAGAGAGAGGGAGAGAGGAAAAGAGAGAAUUAACAAACUACCCAUGUUGGUCUAUGUUACUGAUGGAGGUAGGAACAUAAGUGAUUUUCAGACCACAGUGCAUGAGGAUAGCAAAUAGAGAGAGAGGAAAAGAGGGAUAAUAACUAACUACCCAUGUUGGUUUGUGUUACUGAUGGAGGUGUAGGAAGAUAAGUGAUUUUCAGACCACAGUGGAAGAGAAAAGCCAAGAGGAAGCAAUAGAGAGGAGGGAGACAGCUAACUAACUAUCCAUGUUGGUUUGUGUCACCGAAGAGGAUGUAGGAAGAUGUUAUUUUCGGACCACAGUGGAAGUGGAAAGCCAAAAGGAAGCAAUAAAGAGAAGGAGAGAGACAGCUAACUAACUACUCGGGUUGAUUUAAAGUGUCAAGAAGAAGUCGUACCUUUGGCUCGCUACAGGUGAUCAGGUUGUGAGGUUCUGCGCCUACGGGAGUUGAGGUUUUGGAGCGCGGAGAUUCGGACGUACAUGCAAAGACUUGUAUAUUUUAUGGCGAUUAUUUUGUAUAAAACCUGAAACUAAAAAAAAUGGCAAGGGAGGAGGUGUGCGUAUUGUGGUGUGAUAAACUAACGGCAAAUAUUUUUCAGACACGUAUAUGAAAGACAAAUAACAUAAACAUACACACUAGCACACACACACACACACACACACAUACACACACACGCACGCUGUUUCACACUAAAACAAAGGGAGAUUGAGGAAGUAACAUUUCAUCUGUGUUUAAGAACCAUUGUGAUAAGUUCCUAUGGCGUCUCAAUAUCUUUUUAUAAUCGUUUCUUUUUUUACGUGCAUUUCUUCAGCUCGAGAAUAUAUAGGGUUGAGCAGAGUGAUGUCGUCAACUCACUCUGACGGAGGAGAGGAAUUCACACUUAUCUGGCACCCUAAUGUAGACUUUUACUUGACGUUUUAUAUAUUUAGUUAAUGACAAAACCAUCCUGCCCUCCCUUCAAGCUGGCUGUGAUUGGGAAGUGUGGAUGUAGGGCCUUGACAUAUCCUAUCACCAGUGUUGCCAAGUCCUCAUGGUGGUUCUUGGCAGACUACCACUUCUUGUUCUUCUCGGCAAAGGAAGGAAAGUGCCAGAGGUGAAAAUGAAACAAGGGAAAGGAAUCUAAAAGCAAAACUACUAUUCCUACUGUGACUUGGGGGCUCAGGAGAAGGAGGAGGAACUUAUAGCGUCCUAAUGCUGUACUUACAUCACGAGUUACUUAUUCGUUUUGCAAAUAUUCACAGAGGGAGAGAGUAAGGAGAUUGUGUAAGGCGUGAUCUCAUUGCUAUUCAAACUCUGGCAGGAAAAGGAAAGAAUUAAAAGUGUUAUUAGAAAGUUAUACCUCAUAGUUUCAAGGGAAUUUGUAUACAGGAUUUACAUAGAAGACUGAGUAAAGUGUAUUCUCAAUCCUAUUCAAAGUCUACAAGGGAAAGAAAUGGAUUGAAAGUGUUAUUAAAAAGUUGUAUCUCAUAGUUUCAAGGGGAUUUGCAUAGAGGAUUUACAUAGAAGACUGAGUAAAGUGUAUUCUCAAUCCUAUUCAAAGUCUACAAGGGAAAGAAAUGGAUUGAAAGUGUUAUUAAAAAGUUAUAUCUCAUAGUUUCAAGGGGAUUUGCAUAGAGGAUUUACAUAGAAGACUGAGUAAAGUGUAUUCUCAAUCCUAUUCAAAGUCUGCAAGGGAAAGAAAUGGAUUGAAAGUGUUAUUAAAAAGUUAUAUCUCAUAGUUUCAAAGGGAUUUGCAUAGAGGAUUUACAUAGAAGAUUGAGAUUAAAGUGCGAUCUCAUUCCUACUCAAACUCUACAAGGAAAAGAAAAGGAUUGAAAGUUUUUUUAUUAUACCUCAUCAUUUCAAGGGAAUUUAUGUAUAGAGGAUUGACAUGGAGGAAAAGCAAGAUGUAUGUUAGUAUCUGAUCCUCUCUGUAUCAUUUAUAUAAGAUCGUGUAGCUCCCCAUUGCUUCUAUUUAUUAUCUGGUUCUUUUGAUAUCGCAACAUACUCGAGCUAUUUUCUUUUUAUAUACAUUCAGGAAGGAAACGUAUGUGCUGUGCGUUAUGUCUGAGGUUUCAAGUGUAUUUUAGUGUAUGUAUUUAUUAUGUCGCCCAAUGGAGGGAUACUGCCAUAAUAACUUUUGUUUUGUUUCGAAUUUUGAAGGCUAUGAUAAGCAAUGUCCUUUUGCUUCCAGUGUCAUCAGUAUUUAAUUGUUUUCAUACAUACUAUGCAUAUUUAUAGCAUCAUGGAUAUCACACGCUCAUUUCUGUGGUUCGUCAGGGAAGGCAGCGGCUGUACCUGGGAUGCUCGGGGCCUAUCUUCAUGUUGGGUCAUUUCCACGGUCCAAAAAGUGUUAUUGUAAGCCCCCAAACUAAUCUAGACUCUUCAUGUUUGUCAGGUCAUCUAUUAAACUUCUUCUUUUUCUUCUUUUCUUUAUUCUUCUUUGUUUAAUGUCCUUAUUUUCUCUCAUGGGGCUGGACAAUUUCCCUUAUUAAGCCCAAACCAAACUUUACCAUUCACGUUCAUCAGAUCUUCUGCUAAAUUUACUCUUUUUUUUCUUUGCUUCAAGUAAAUAUUUUCCCUCGUGGGGUUGUAUAAUUGCUCUUAUGUGGUUGAGUGAAGGUCUUCGACUAAGCACCCAAUACUAAACUUAGCUUCUGUAUGAACACCGAACACUAUACAAGAACUUAUCGUAGUCUUUGGUAUUUGGUUUGGGAGCUUACAAAACUGCUGUAUUGGACUAUGGAACAGGCCCUCUUACCUUAGCCAGUGACAUCCUGGAGAUUAACAACACUUUAUGCUUAUAGUCAAACCAUUUCACUGAGUCCGUUGGGGCGCUGGCUUACACGGGUCCUUUUCUCCACUCUGUUCUGCCGCACAGUCCCAACACAUAUUGUUUCCUCUCAUAUGUUACCUUUAGCUAACAUACGAAAGGAAGAGAUAGGUGUUGGGUCUGUGCGGUAGAGCAGAGUGGAGGAAAGGACCCACGGACUAUAGUCAUUCACACCCAAGAGAAAAAAAUGUGUCUUGCUCUCAGGCCUCAGAGUAUUCCAUGUCAUCCAUGUCACUCGCUGCAUCAUAAAGGUUCAUUAAGUCAAAGGCAGCACCACACUCUUUCCCAUGAAGUCCCAGGAACAUGUCUUUUGAGUCACACCAGAGCCAUAGAAUAGGAGAGCUUCGCCGACUUCAUCACAGGCAUCAUGUUGGUACCAAAAGAUCCACAUGAAUUGAAAACGAUGCUGAUACAAUAGUGAUUUUUAUGCACUAGGUAGCUACUUCUAUGAGAUCCUGAUGAUACUUAGAGCACACAUACACAAAAAAAUAUAUUGUAUCAGCAUCAAUUUGAAUAUCAUGUGGUUCUUUUGGUAACAGUGUGGGCCUAUAAUCAAGUUGGCUGUACUCUUCUAUUCCAUAGCUCUGAAUCUCACUUAAGUCGGCAUUAUAAGACAUUUUCGCUUCUCACAUCAACUAUUUCUAAAGGUCAAAGAGGGGGUCAAUCGGGUUAUAAUGAGUGCUUCUUUAGGUUCACGGUACAGAAAAAGGGUCACACUACCACCAGGGUCAUAAAACUACUCCUGGAAAUGCCCAAAACUUAUACGAAAGCCUUGUGAAAUAUGUGAACUUGGGAGACAAAAUGUUUUAAAAUAUGUCACUAAAAGACAUGUUUCUGGGGACUUCAGGUCGUUGAGGGAUCUGUUGAUAGUCUGGUCUGUUUCUUUGCUACGAUAUCACUUCAUAGAUAUACCAAUGUACUUAUGUGUUCUUUGUGAGGAGCAGAGGUGUGUGCAAAAUCUUUAAUGCUCCAGUUUGAUUAUAGUCUCCCUACACAUUCUCCAGAGGCAGCGUUACUAUGUUAUAUUUUCCGGAUAAUUACGCGAUUUAUAUUUUUCCCUGUAAUGUGAAUUCUGUCCUGAGUCGGUUUUUCACAUCUUACACAUGGUGUGGAAAAAGUGGUCAAUUUACAGUUUCACCCAACCAACGAUUUUCCCACGUGGUUCAUGUUUUUCUGGUGAUAAAUGUAGUGAAUUGCAUGGUUUUGUACCUCAUUUCCGUCGCAAAUGUCUACGUUUCAAGUUAUGCCAGUUAUGACGGAAAUGAGGUACAAAAUCAUGCAGUUCACUACAUUUAUCACCAGAAAAGCAUGAACCACGUCAGAAAAUCAUUGGUUGGGUGAAACUGUAAAUUGUCCAAAAAAGUUUACUACUACUAUUACUACUAAUGAUAAUGAUGAUGAUGAGCUAAGGUCCAGAUUCUUAAACAUAUUGGUCUCCCAUAUGACUAUUUCUCAAGGCCACAGAGAAGAUUGUCCGGGUUUUCAUGGAUGUUUUUUUUCUGUUCAUGGCGCAGAAGCCGUGUAAAACUGUCACUGGGAUCAUGAAACAGUCCAUGGAAAUCCCAGCAACUUCUACGAGAGGCUUUUGAAAUUGGCGAAGUGAAGUGCCGAGAUGUUUAAGAAUGUGGGCAUAAGACUCAUAACUGCUUGCCACUCUGCUCAAUUGAAGGGGAAAUGUGUCGAAGCAGGCAGGUGUGUGUCUCAGCAGGCGUGGCAUUCUUGCUUGCUAGUAGAACAGUUGUCUACAUGGGUGCUAACUUUAGAUUACAUUUGUGUUAAGGCUAAAACUAGUAAAAGUAUCCUACACUAGAAAUCUACUAGGUUACAUGACUGACUUUAUUUUGCACCUUAAGAUUAAAGCCGUAAGUCAUAAUGUUUGUAAGCCUAAAAGAGAUGACUAGAUUAACUAAUUUUUAUUUUGUAUUUUUGUAUUAAGGUUGAAAUUGAUGGGAACUGAUUUGGUGUCGCUGUGACGAUGUAAGACUGUGGAAACUUUAUUUUAUGGUAUGCGUUAAGGACAGAAGAAGGAGACUCCAAUAGCAAUACUGCACCAGGAAUAUUUCACUAACCCUUAGACGACGGCAGUAUUUGAUGAGUAGCUCCCCCAAAAUGAAUCGUCUGUGUAUAGUCACUGCUGACCUUGGGAACGUAGCACUAAUAUAGUUACGCCGCAUAAGAGGUGUUUUAAGUAUCAUCUGUCUGGAAGUGUUGUUAUAUUUCUGCCACACAAAACUGACUGACUGAAUUUUGGACCAUCUAUUUAGAGUUCCACCGCCGUCUAAGGGUUAAGUGUACGUCUUUAGCUUAAGUCCAUAACUAAAGCAUAACAGAAUAAAAAGAUAUAUUACACAAGCUUAAAAAAUAGUACUGUAUAUUUUGUUAACAGGAAAGGGAGAUGGAGAGGGAGGGAGAGAGAGAGAGUUAAGCACAAAAUACCAGAAAUUUAUCAAAUACUUCCCUGUACCACAUAACUAUACUCGCAUUGAAGCUGACAACCUUACCAAGCAUGAAUAAAGAAUAAAUUAAGUCCCCCAAAAGUUAGUAUCCACAUAUACCAACCCCACCAAGACUCAUGUUCGACUGAAGGAUGAAUUUGAACCCCUUAUAAAGAACAGUAUCCACAUUAACCUUGAGAUUAAGUUAAGGUAUUCAACCCCACAUAUUCAGCUGAGGGAUAAAUUCAAUUUCCCUUUGAAAAUCAGUAUCCAUAUAAAGUUUGAUCUCAUUUUAAGGCUACUAACCCCACCAAGACUCAUAUUCGACUGAAAGAUGAAUUUAAACCCCCAUUAAAACAGUAUCCACAUCAGCCUUGAGCUAAAGUUAAGGUAUUCAACCCCACAUAUUUGCCUGAGGGAUAAAUUUAAGUCCCCUUUAAAAAUCAGUAUCCACAAAGUUUGAGCACAUGUUAAGUUAUUUACCCCCACCAAGAGUAUGUUAGGUUCGACUGAAGGAUGAAUUUAAACCCUCAUGAAAACAGUAUCCACAUCAGUCUUGAGAUAAAGUUAAGGUAUUCAACCCUACAUAUUUAACUGAGGGAUGAAUUUAAGUCCCAUAUGAAAAUUGGUAUCCAUAUAAAGUUUGAUCUCAUUUUAAGGCUGCCAACCCAACAAGGCUUUGAUAAAUGUUAGACUACAGGAUAAAUUUGAUCAAUGAAAAACAGCAUCUGUAUUAUCCUUGAGAUCAUUUUAAAAGGGUGCCGACCCCAACAAGGCUUUGACAUAUGUUAGACUAAAGGAUAAAUUUGAUCAAUGAAAAACAGCAUCCAUAUUAUCUUUGAGCUCAUUUUAAAAGCCUGUCAAACCCACCAAAAAUACACCAGUUGCCUUUUACAACAUGACUACACUCACAUUAAAGCUGUCAACCUCACCAGAACUUUGAUAUAUAUUUGAUUGAAGGAUAUAUUCAGCCCCUGAGGAAGAACACUCAUCUUUCUGGUACUUCCGAGAGGUUGUGAAGCUUAUUUUUAUCUGUUUUCUUGAGGACGUGUUGAUCAGGUAUAGGAGUUGAGAAGACACAUUGAAGGAUAGAAAAUUUUAUCUUAUAUGUAUUCUUUUUUUAUCUCUGGGUGUUCAAUAUGUGUUCUUUUGUCCUCUAUUUAUCAUAUUCAUCUAUUUAUUAUUUACUUUUUUAUUUGGGUGGAAGUUGCAUAUAGAGAGAUUAAGUGAGACUCUUGAGGUGAGGACUGAGUUGUUGGUUCAAGCUGCUGUCACUUGUCACAUCACCUACAAUAAGGAAACAGUACCGUAUCUUCACUAUGGAAUCUCAGCAUUCUCAACCCUGAAUAGAAGACAGCAUAAUCAGUUGGUUUCUCAUGUGUGUGUGGUGUGAAGAGCAGUUACACUAGGCAAACAGGCUGUGAGGGGGCACUGUUCUGUAUCCUCCCUGUGCUGACCAUGACAGACACCAAGUGGGGAUAUUCUGAAAUGCUUGUGUGUGGUGGAGAGUCACUGUGCCUCGGGAAGUGCCAUUCUGCCUUUGUGAAGGGGGCAUGGAGUGUUAAUUGUCUUACCCCUUGACUGCGGAUUUCCUACAAGAAGACAUCACCAAGCUACAGGAAUGGAACAAAAAAUGACUGUCAGAAUUCAAUGAAGAAAAAUGUAAAGUCCCGCAUCUUGGACCAAUACCACUUGGGAAACACUCCACUGCCCACCACAGAGGCAGAGAAAGACCUGGGAGUAUAUGUUACCAGGCUACUAGUGAGAGCCAAAUUCGUUCCAGUUGCAGUGGACGGGUUAAUGAACUGUUGGGGAGACCUUAUUAACAUUACCAACAUGGGACUUCAAGUGUUUCAUCAUGUACUUAGCUUUCUGAGCCACCAAUGCAAUACUGUACCUCUUUAACAUGUGAUUCUUGUGCUGCAACACUGUGAUUUAACAUAAAACACACACACAGCAAGCAAGCAAGCAUAGGUACUUAAGACUGCUCAAGGGCCUCUCCUAGCAUCAGCGCAAUUCAUACUACUACUACUACAAGAUCUUUGCUACUACUACUACUACUACUACUACUACUACUACUACUACAUGCAGCAUCAUUGUAUAGUCUAUUCCGCUUAAGGUGAGAAUGUGUCAGGAAAUUCGCUCCUUCCCAUAAGUGACAGAGAAAGGGCACGGCUGCUCUAGUGCUGGAAAUUGGUGGACAGUUGAUCCAAUGGGGGUUAGGCAAAAUCUGUCCUCAAGUAGAGUCAGGUAGGAGUGUGUUGGACUAUUGGGUUAGAGGUUGGUAUCAUAAGGUGCUUUUGCUCCUCACAUCAACUAUUUCUAAAAGGUCAAAGAGGGGGUCAAUCGGGUUCUAAUGAGUGUUUCUUUAGGUUCACGCUACAGAAGAAGGGUCAGACUGCCACCAGGGUCAUAAAACUACUCCAGGAAAUGCCCAUAACGCCUACAAAAGCCUUGGCAAAUAUGUGAACUUGAGCGACGGAAUGUUUUAAAAUACAACCCAGAGCAGUCAUAUCAGUGUGUGUGUGUCUGUAGGAGCCUCAUGUGUACUUCUCUGAUGCAUUCUCACCUCAGGCUAAAUGAAGUAUGAUACGAGAAACUGUCUGGAUGCUGAGAGUUACGCAUCAAAGCUAAAUGUAACCCGCAAGUGCUUCUCAGACAUUUAGUGUACAGGUAUAUGUAGUUAAAAGACUUGGGUUCAUUUGCAAUACGUAUUUUUCCUGAGUCGUCUUUCUGGUAUAUUUCUGAGAGGUUGUGAAGCUUUAUUUUUCAUGUUUUCUUGAGGAUGUGUCGAUUCCAUACUACAUAUACGAGUUGAGAAGACACAUUGAAGGAUUGUGAGUUAAGAAAGUGUGUGUUGAUAUGAAGAUUCUGUUUAUUAGUGAAGAAAUUUCCAGCUGGAGUGAGAUUGAUGUGUUUGUUAGAGUACACAAGGGUAUUAGUAGCCCACGAUUUUUUGGUUUUUAUUAUUAUUUAUCUAUUUAUUUAUUUUUUAUGCAGCUGAAAUUAGUUUGUGUCCGGUUUUUAAAGGAUUAUGAUUACACUAACCACUUCAGUCCAUGGCAGGUGCUAAUGUGUAUGUACUUUCAUCUUAAUAUUAUGUGUCCUGAGAGAGAGAGAGAGAGAGAGAGAGAGAGAGAGAGAGAGAGAGAGAGAGAGAGAGAGAGAGAGAGAGAGAGAGAGAGAGAGAGAAUAGACUUCCAGUUAGUUUGUGCAGAGAGGCCCUUCUUCUGUGCAAUGUAUUUUUAUCUUAUUUAUUUAUUCAUCAUUAUUAUUAUUAUCAUUACAUUUUCUUGCACGUUCUGGCUGAAAACCGUCUCCGCAGAACAUAUCCUGGGGCUGUAUUCUCAAGCGUUUCGACACCCCAGCACAUACAUCCAAUUAAAAGGCUCUACCGGUAAUAGAAGUUAGAGGGAUUUGCAUGGGUGGUUUCAUGACCCAGGCGAUAGAUUUCCAAAGCUUCUGUGCCAUGAGUGGAAAAAACAUGUAUGGGAACCUGUCUUAACUUCUCUGUGGCCCUUAAAAAUUAUACUAACAAGAGCUGAAAGCAUUUGAGAAUCCGACUCCUGGAGGGUGAGGUGUCAGGGGAGUUGUUGGAUAUGUUUCGAAUACUGACGUGAGAUGAAGAUAAAAGGAAAAUUCUUAGUACGUCAAGUGAGUGUAGGGUUGAGGCAGUCUGCCGUGUUACAUAGUCGUUUGUAUUUUCGUUAUUGUAUUUUUUUCUUGAAGGUGGAAUGGUUAAGGGAUUUAUUUUCACACUUACUGUUUCUCAUACAUGUUUGUUAUUGUGUAUUUUUUGCUUAUAGGGUAAUAGGUUGGAGGUUUUUCUUUACACUUCCUAUUUCUCAUUCGUUUUGGUCAUUAUAAUCUUUUUCUUGUAGGGCAAAGGUUUGGGGAGUCCAUUUUCAUACUAGUAAUUUCUUAUAUAUGGUUGUCAUUAAUAUUUUUUCCUUAUAGUGCAAUUUUUUGACAAUUAUUAUUUCUUAUUCAUUUUGGUUACUAUAAUUAUUUUUCUUUUAGGGCAAUGGUUAGAGGUCUUAUGAUAUAUUUAUACGUGUUUGCUAUUCUAUUUGUCUUGUUGGGUAAUAGGUUGGAGGUUUUUCUUUACACUUCCUAUUUCUUAUUCAUUUCGGUCAUUAUAAUUUUUUCUUGUAGGGCAAAGGUUAGGGGAGUCCAUUAUCAUACUAGUAAUUUCUUAUAUGUGGUUGUUAUUCUUCUUCUUAUAGGGCAAUGAGAUGGAGGUUUUUCUUGACAUUUCUUAUUUCUUAUACAUUUUUGUUAUUUAUUUUUUCUUGUAGGGCAAUUUGGGAUUUAUUCUCUACCAUAUUUAUCCUGUAGGGCAAUGGCUUCAGGGAUUUACCUUCACACCAUUAACUUCUGAGUAAUCUCAUCAUGGAAGCGCUAAUUUCAUCGUGUCCGCUGCUGUUAACACUUGAAUAAUUGGACAGCGACAUCAUUUUCUUUUCUGUAGGGCAAUGGCUAUAGGGGGGUUCACAUUCACUUAUUUCUUUUUUUAUCUCAUCAUGGAGACACUAAUUUCGUCAUGUUCCGCUGCUGUUAACACUUGAAUACGAGGACAGAUAAUAGACUUUUUUUUCUUUAGGGCAAUGGCUAGGGGGAUUCACAUUCAGUAUUUCUUUUUUUAUCUUAUCUCACCAUGGAGGCACUAAUUUUGUGUCUGCUGCUGUUAACAUUUGAACAAUUGGACAGACAUAAUUUUUUUUUCUCGUAGAUCUAUGGUUUCAGGGUCUCAUCGCCACACUGUUAUUUUUCAUCUUAUCGUUUCGUCGGAGAGGCACUAAUUUCAUCAUAUCCGCUGCUGUUAAAUUUUGAAUAAUAAGACAGACAUAAUUUUUCUCUCUCGUAGGUCUAUGGUUUCUGGGUAUCAUCGCCACACUUAUUUUUCAUCAUGUCGUUUCGUCGGACAGGCGCUAAUGUCAUCUUGUCCACCAGCUAUUAACACUUGAAUAGUACGACAUAGACUUUGUACUUUAUUUCUUUCGUAGGUCAGUGGUUCGGGGUUUUGUCACACUGUUAUUUUUCAUCUUAUCGUUUCGUCAGAGAGGCGCUGAUUUCAUCGUGUCCACCAGCUAUUAACACUUGAAUAGUACGACAUAGACUUUGUACUUUAUUUCUUUCGUAGGACAGUGGUUCGGGGUUUCAUCACACUGUUAUUUUUCAUUUUAUCAUUUCGUCGGAGAGGCGCUGAUUUCAUCGUGUCCACCAGCUAUUAACACUUGAAUAGUACGACAUAGACUUUGUACUUUAUUUCUUUCGUAGGACAGUGGUUCGGGGUUUCAUCACACUGUUAUUUUUCAUUUUAUCAUUUCGUCGGAGAGGUGCUAAUUUCAUCGUGUUCGCUGCUGUUAACACUUGAAGAAUUGGGCAGAAACAUAAUUUUCCUCUCUCGUAGGUCUAUGGUUUUGGGGUCUCAUCGCCACACGUUUUUUUCAUUUUAUCGUUUCGUCGGAGAUGCGCUAAUUUCAUCGUGUCCGCUGCUGUUAACACUUCGUAGCGCCGAGACGUGUCAGUGUGAAGCGUCUCGUAAGAACCGUACACUGUGCACCAUUUCUGAACGCAUUGUGAGAGGAAUCAUCAAUGUCCUGUGGCAGUACGUCAUCAUGUCGGUAUUGUUUCUACAUAAAUAUGAGGCUUUGA